CUACUUCGAUGAAUCUAACCUGUACGCGACGGCAUUACAUGUACUGUGUUCGUAUAAGCGUGAUAGUGCAGAAAUCAUAAUCCAAUAUCUGAUAUUUGCUGGUCACUUUUACCGAAAAGUGUUAAUUCGUUAAACAUGGUCAGUAAGUUAAUGAAUGUACUCCAAUAUGGAAGGCAAUGCGUAAGAUCUGUUUUGCCUUGCCGUCAGUUGUCUGCAAAAGCAGAUUUGAAAGUACAGAGUAAUGCCAAACCGAAGACAGGUAUUAUAAUGUUAAAUAUGGGUGGACCCAGUAGCAUUGCGGAAGUGCCCGAAUAUCUGUUGCGUAUAAUGACCGAUCGUGAUAUGAUUCAACUACCGUUUCAAAGUAAACUGGGUCCGUUGAUAGCUCAAUCUCGUGCGCCCAAAGUACAAAAGAAAUAUGAAGAGAUCGGUGGCAAAUCUCCUAUCUUAGACUGGACGAACAAGCAGGGUGAACUUUUGUGUGAACAGCUAGACAAAGUUUCACCAGAAACAGCACCACACAAACAUUACGUUGCUUUUCGUUAUGCCAAGCCUCUCACUUCAAAUACGCUUGAGAAUAUGGAGAAAGAUGGUGUUGAACGUACAGUACUUUUCUCUCAAUAUCCUCAAUAUUGCUGUGCUACAAGUGGGUCAAGCUUUAUUGAGAUAUAUAAGUAUUAUAAGAACAGGCAACUGCCUUCUAACAUGAAAUGGAGUGUAAUUGACAGAUGGGCGACGCAUCCAUUAUUAAUAGAGACAAUUGCAGAUAGAAUUAAGGAGCAGUUAGUUCAAUUUCCAGAGGACAUAAGGAACGAUGUUAUCAUUUUAUUUUCGGCUCACUCGCUACCACUGCAGGCUGUAUCUAGAGGUGAUGCAUACGCAUCCGAGGUAGCAAGCACCGUCUCUUUAGUAAUGGAAAAAUUGCGAAAUUGUAAUCCAUACAAAUUGGUCUGGCAAUCAAAGGUCGGGCCUGUAGCUUGGUUGGAACCUUUUACUGACGAAGCUAUAAAAGCUUACGUAAAGCAAGGGAAAAAGCAUUUCAUAUUAGUUCCAGUAGCUUUCGUUAACGAGCAUAUCGAAACUCUUCACGAGUUGGAUAUCGAAUAUUGCAAAGAACUAGCUGAAGAACUUGGCAUCGAUACAAUAAGGAGAGCAGCUGCACCUAAUGACCAUCCUAAGUUUAUAGAAGCCUUGACAGAUAUCGUCCUGUCUCAUCUUAAAUCGGAAAGGCCGAUAAGUCCCAUGUUCUUAACACGUUGUCCUCAUUGUGAGAGUAACAAUUGCGUUGAAAGCAAGAAUUGGUAUGCGCAAAUAUGUAAAAAUUAAAGAAGUCUGCGUGUUAUUUUUAAUAUACAAAAAUAAAAUAUUUUCUUCUGAUA